AUGCUGCGAAGAACAUACUCCCGCUUCAUCUUUGAGACAAUUGGGGAUUCACGUAUCUUUCACCAUCAGCGUUUUAUCAACGACUUACAAACGGAUUGUCCCACCUGUAAGAGUUGUGUGGAGGCCAGAGAGCCCUACAGUCAGCACUGGAAAAAUGACCAUGGUGCCGGAACGAGCCACCAAAUCAAAAUUGGUCCCGACGAGAGACUCCUUUUGGAGCGGAUCGAGACGGAACGAAUAGAAGCGUUUAUGCUCUGCGAUGGGAGCGUCUCUGGCAGAACGAAUGACUUCCUACUAGAGGCUGGAAUGGAGGCAGUGCCCCAACUGCUGCGAUUCCUAAGCUUUGGGGCCGCCAAGUUGGAUGUGUCUAUUGGAUUUUAUGUGAACGUGAAAAAGGAGCGAAUGUAUUACGAGAGUAGUGCGAUGAUCGUCGAGCACCACCUGGACAUUGUGGAGUCUGUGGACAUGCUCUUUUCCAUGUUGCUGGAGAAGAUAAGCAAUUAUGUAAUGCUGCAGCAGCGUGUUCCCUUGGAGGCUUGCGUCAUUAGACGAAUGAAAGUGACCGUGAAACGUCAUUGCAAUCCCAUAUCAGUCCAGUGGCGAUCCACCGCUAAGCUGCCUCUCCAGUAUCGUGUAAAGAGCUCAGAUAUUUGCACAGCAGACAAUCGAGCACACAUGGAUACAGCCCUAUUCGAAAAUAUCUGUCGGAGCCCCAAGGAUAUACUCCACAUUGGGCUCUUACCGGAUGCGUUGCAGGUGAAUUUGUAUUGCUUCCGGGUCUGUGCCAGCUCCAAAGAACUAUACGCCGUUCCCUAUCUACUGCGCAAUGAUGACGUCGACAACACACCGACAUUCAUCAUACACACCGACAUCGCAGGAAAUUUCCAGGGCCUGCAGGAGAUCUGCAAUGUGCGCAAGUUCCUUCGCGCUGAUAGACAGGAUCGCGUAUUCGAAUGCCGCAAAUGCAAGUCGCGUUUCGGCGAUCGCGUUCAGUUCGCAUUGCAUAAAAAAAUCGACUGUGGACGUGGCUUCAUGGUAUGGCACUUUGAAGAAGAUGCCAUAGAGCUGCACCACAAUUGCUUGCCGUUGCCGAAAGGCUACUUCAAGCACGACUGGUUUGGUUUGGGUACCAAGGAAACUGUAAGAUAA